AUGCUUAGCGUAUCUGGGUUCCUGACUGCCGGCUUGGCUGCUCUUGCCCUCUCAUUGGUGCCUGUCGCACAGGCCCAACAAAACCAUUGGGUCAAGAGCUGUAAACUGGGCAUAGUCGCAUGCGAUGACUGCGGGCGCAACAUCGACCUGGCUCAGAGAGUUUACAGGCCGGGCGCCGGCCGUCUCUUUAUUGAGGGCAUCGACCUGGCUAAGCUGCGCACCUUCUGCGGCAAGCGUGGCAUCCCCGUUGGGGCCGCAAGCUUCUGCUAA